ACAAGAAAGCUGGGGAGGGUGGUGGAUACAUCAACAUGGAUGCAGGCGGUACUCCCCAACAGCUGUUGAAGGGUUUCAGCCCCCUAUUGGUGCUUACUGAAGUAGUGGGAUUGGUGCUUGUUACACUUGUAGCUGUUUGGUGUGGACAGAAAGGAUUUGCCUGGACAAGCAACCCUGAUCUAGAAUUCAACUGGCACCCUCUUCUCAUGGUAAUAGCAUUAAUAUUUUUGAAUGGCAAUGCAAUCCUCACAUUCAGAGUUCUGCGCAACAACCGCAAAGUUCUUUUGAAAUACAUCCAUGGGGGAAUUCAACUCUUCACUCUACCAUUGAUUGUGAUUGGGUUGGUUGCUGUGUUUGAUUCGCACAAUCUCCACAAGCCCACUCCUACACCAAAUCUAUACUCCCUACACAGUUGGAUUGGACUUGGUGCUGUAAUCAUGUUCUUUUCCCAGUAUGUGGUUGGUCUCACUGCUUUCCUCUUCCCUGGACUAAGUGCAGAGUAUAGAUCUUUUAUUCUUCCAUAUCAUGUCUUUAAUGGUAUUGCAAUACUUGCUUUGUCUGUUGGAGCAUCUUUGAUUGGAUUAAAUGAGAAAGCUUUUUUUGCCAUACCAAAUUACGGAGCAUUGCCUGGUGAAGCAGUACUUAUUAACAUGAUAGGUGUUGUAAUGGUUGUGUUUGCAUUACUUGUUGGGCUUCUUGUUACCAAAGCAGAGUACAAACGCACUCCACUUCCUGAAGAUGGAUCUCCAUUGCUUGCUGCUGCUUCUCGGCAAUAAAAUGACUCACAAUCUUUACCACAGAUUUGUGCAGCAAUCAUUUUGGGCAGUUGUUUAUUUUCCUGUAGUUAUUUUAAUGACUGCUCAUUCUUACAAGAAAAUGCAUAAGUGAAUAGUUUGACUGUUGAAUGACAUAAUGUUAUUAUUUAAAUAUUUGUCAGUAUAUAAGGAAGAGAAUGAAACAUGGGCUUUCUCAGUUUCAUAGAAUUCCACUCAUUUUACUUUACUAAAACUUGAUAGAAAUGAUUAUUAGUGAAAGAAAAUCUGUGAUUAUCUUUAAUUUAUGGUGCUAACUGAUGAUGAUUGCACAAAUGAAGAGGUUGAUCCUAUAAUUUAUGUGCUUAGAGUUUACUAUAAUCAAAUGUUAUGCAUACAUGUGCUGAAGCUUUCACCAAGAAGUACCUUCAUGAAAAAAGACAACUUCUGUUUUAAUUUUAAGUGAAUAAUGUAAUGCUAAAUAAAUGUUUGAAAAUGCAAAGAAA